AUGAGAGUAGCGAAAACUAAAGAAGAACAAGACACUCAUACAAAAAGGGACAUGGAAGAAAGAGCAAUAAGCAUAGAAAUUCCUGAAGUCUUGAAAAAGAAGCUUGAGGAAGACUGUUACUAUAUUAAUAGAAGAAAACGGCUAGUGAAGCUUCCUUGUCAGACAAACAUAAUAACAAUCCUGGAGUCAUAUGUGAAACAUUUUGCUAUUAAUGCUGCUUUUUCAGCCAAUGAAAGAUCUCGGCACCAUCAGAUGACUCCACAUGCUAACAUGAAUCUUCAUUAUGUGCCACCAGAGAAGAAUGUUGAGCUGUGUAAAGAGAUGGUGGAUGGGCUGAGAAUAACCUUUGACUUCACACUUCCAUUAAUUUUGCUCUAUCCUUAUGAGCAAGCUCAAUUUAAGAAAGUGACUUCAUCAAAAUUCUUUCUUCCCAUCAAAGAAAACUCAACAAAUACUAACAGAAAUCAGGAGGAGCUUUCCCCAAGUCCUCCUCUGUUGAACCCGCCAACUCCCCAGUCAACUGACAGCCAACCUGCAACAGGGGAGCCAGCCACGCCAAAAAGGCGGAAAGCUGAACCUGAAAUUCUGCAGUCGCUGAGACGCUCCACACGCCAUAGCUCUAACUGCGACAGGUUAUCGGAAAGCAGUGCUUCCCCGCAGCCUAAACGACGGCAUCUUGAGACCCCAGCUUCUAUGCCAAAACUCUUCUUGCACCUGGAAAAAAAAACCCCUGUCCAUAGUGGAUCAUCUUCACCUAUAACUUUGACUCCUAGCAAAGAGGGGAGUGCUGUUUUUACUGGCUUUGAAGGAAGAAGAAACAAUGAAUUGAAUGAGGUUUUGUCCUGGAAAUUGAUGCCAGAAAAUUAUCCACCAAGUGAUCAACCACCACCUCCCUCAUAUAUCUAUGGCUCUCAACAUUUGCUACGGAUGUUUGUAAAGCUACCAGAAAUCCUGGGGAAGAUGUGCUUUCCUGACAAAAACCUGAAGGCCUUAGUAAAACACUUUGAAAUGUUUCUGAGAUUUUUAGCAGAAUACCAUGAUGAUUUCUUCCCAGAAUCUGCUUAUGUAGCUGCAUGUGAAGCCUACUACAGUACUAAAAAUCCUCGGGCAAUCUACUGAAGCUAUUAAUAAAGAUUAAAUCCUACUAUAUGCAGCCCAUGACAAUGCUAUUUUGCCACGUGGCUACAAGCUGAAGAUGAAAAAGGAACUAAAACAGCUUCUGGAGUUGAAGAAAUAGAAUGGUUGAAUUACUUAGGACUGGAGAACUUCUUUUCAGAGAUGUGUAUAAACUGCAUUGAGUUGCUUAGAGGAUUGAAUAUAACUCUGACUUCAGAUGAACGAAGAAGCCUUGUCCUGAAUUCUAAUGCAUAGGACUGCAUAGGACUAUUAAAGAGGGAAGGAGGCAAAAGCAGAUGCAUUAGCAACAGGACAUU